CUCUCUAUCUUUCACUUUCUUUCAACAAACAACAACUGCAAAAAAAAUCCUUUCUCUCUCUUAAGUUCUUAACCAACAACAACAACUGAAAACAUCUUUCUAUAUUCUCUCUCUCUGUGUGAAGAAGAAAAGCUUAACAGAGAAGAAGAAAAACAAAAGGAAAGAAAGGGGACGAGAAAGAGAAAGAAAAAAAAGAAAUGGGUAAGUAUUUGAGGAAAUCAGAAACUUCAGGGGGUGAAGUAGCAGUUUUGGAACAGUCAUCAGCAUAUGGUGUUCGGACAAGAGCUAAAACCCUAGCUUUACAACGAGAUGGUGGGUCUUACCUUCAGUUAAGGAGUCGUACGUUGGAGAAACCCAAACCCAAACCACAAGAAGUGAAAAGACGAAAAGAUCCUAAUUUGAGGAGGCAGCUGAAAGGGCAGAAUUGUAAUUCUGAGUUGGUGGUAAAGGAGUGUUUGGGUGAAGAGAAAAAAGAAGAAAUUGAAAUUCAGAAUGAAAAUAAUAGUAGUGGUGGUGGUGGUGAAGGUUCAUGUGGAGAGAAUUUGUUGGAAUUUGAAGAUAGAGAGAGGACCACUAGGGAGAGCACACCUUGCAGCUUGAUCAGGGACCCGGAUAACAUACUAACCCCUGGUUCCAGUACUAGACGUAACAAUGCAAGUGAAGCUAGCGGCAGAGUGCCAAAUUCAGCGCGAAGAAAUAUCCCGACAUCUCAUGAAAUGAAUGACUUCUUUGCUGGUCCAGAAGAGAAGCAGCAGAAACAAUUCAUCGAGAAGUACAACUUCGAUCCAGUGAACGACAAGCCCCUCCCUGGACGUUACGAAUGGGAGAAACUAGAUCGUUAGACAUGGCAUUGGUUGGAACUAGAUCGUUAGAUAUGGACAUAAUGGUAUCAACGUCCCAUGAGGGCUUAUCCAGCAUUUUCUUCUUUCAUCUUUAGGUCUAGCUAGAUAAAGAGUAGGAAAAACAGCGAGGAUUGUUGGUCCUACUUUGGUGAUGGGCAUAUUUUGUUUCCAGUCACCCAUGUAAAGAAUUUAGGACAGCAAGUUCUAAACUUGGUAGACUAAUGAUCUGUGUGACAUGACAGAGUUUGUGAAUUUGCACAGCAAAUAUAAGGAGAUCCUUUGUCUAACAGAAGGGUGGUUGUUGUGUGUAGUCAUAGUGGUAAUGUUAGUGAUAGUCUGGUAGUACAGGAGGGUAAGGGGGUUGUUUGGUUUCUGGUUAGAAAAGUGAAUUGUUCAUGUAUUAAAACUAGUUUAAUUAGUACCGUGUUUGGUAGCAUUUUAGUUGCCAUGUAUAAAAUUCAGCACACCAAGUACGGUGUUUUGUUAUCAAUUUACAAUCCCGCGAGGGAAUCUAUGUAUUAUUUUUA